UGAGAAUCUCGAACAUUCGUCGCUGAGGCAACAUGGCGAACACCGGCAGGGUGAACGUUGACGGAGGAGACAUGAUGCGAUAUGCUGAAUAUACUCCUAAAGGAAACGUUAGGAGCGACGCCGAUAUAGACAGACGGCUGGGAGGGACUCUGAUUGCAGUCGGUCUCGGUGUGGCUGCUGCAGGUUUUGCAGGCCGCUAUGCAUUCCAGCUGUGGAAGCCUCUCGGACAUGUUUUCUCUGAAACUUUAAAAAAAAUGCCCACAUCCGCUUUCUCAGCAUAUUACAAAGGAGGUUUUGAGCAGAAGAUGUCCAAACGAGAGGCCAGCCUCAUUCUUGGCAUCAGCCCAACCAGCACUAAGGCCAACGUACGGAAUGCCCACCGGAGGAUCAUGGUCCUGAACCAUCCAGAUAAAGGUGGGUCACCAUAUCUCGCAGCAAAGAUCAACGAGGCCAAAGACUUUUUGGACAAGGAGAUCCGGCAAUGACCUGCACAGUCAACACCGUAAAGACCU